AUCGGACAUCGGCUUCGGGGUGAUGCGGUUAUGAAAAAUAGUAGGCUGAAAAAUGCGUCGGGUUUCCAGCGUCAGGAAAGACCUUUAACGCGUAUUAUACAGUUUGCAGGAUAAAUACACUCCAGGAUCAGUGAUCUGCUGCUCUUCUUCAGUCUUCAGCCACUGCUGGAAGUUCUAGCUUGGAAACAACAGCUGGCGCCGCUCCUGAUUGGAUGCUGAAAGUGUCAGGCUGCGCGCGCCUCCGCUGUCAUUGGUGCGGCUGAAGUUGCGAGCAGCUCUCGCUCGUGCCGAAGCAGGAAGAGGACAGCGGGCAAGCCAGCAUAGCGUCCCUCCGACACAUCAGCCCUCUGCCUGGCCUUUUAACCACAAAUCUUAACCUAAUAUACACAUCAGCGUUCAGCGGGAUCGUGUCUGUACCUAUUCUCUUGGAAAGCAUGUAAUGAGCCAAGCUCAGAAAACGGUCUUCCUCAGCCAGAGCUGUGGCAAGGACUGUAACCAUGUAGAUGGUUGUCCCCAUGGUAAAACCAUGGGUAAAGCUUGGACUGAUCAUUUUCUGAAGGAGGCCAAGGCACUAAAACAUACAACCUGUAGAGGCAAGCAAAAGAAACAACCCAUGGAAGGAUGGUUCUAUGAAGGAUGUAAGACAGGAGCCAAGUUAAAGAAGGGUGGGACUUUGAAGGUUGUGGCCAUAAAAGGGAAAGCAAAAUUGUCCAAGAAAUUGAGGGAAGAAUAUAAGCGGAAGCUUUACCCACUACGACAGAGAAGUAAGAAAUCAAAACCUGAGGACAUAAGUUGCCAUGUCCUGCUUACCCGCCUGGAGGAGAAGGCCUUUGAACAGGACGGUGAAUUACACGAGGAAAAGCCAAACGCAAUUUCAAAAAGAAGUCAGCAGAAAAAGAGAAGCAAAGCCAACCAAAAGCUAAUAAACACCAAUAAAUUAUCACAUAUACCACCUAAAAUUAAAUAUGAAGCAAAUACUAACACAAUUGUAGCUCAGGAGCCACGUAAACGCAGACUGGCCUCUCUUAAUGCCGAAGCUGUCAACAGCGUGCUGCUGGAGAAAGCAGAUGUACCCCUAAGCAAACUCCUCAAGAAACAGCACCAGGAGACGACACCUGUUUCAAAUGAAACAGAUAAUGCAAAAAUGUGCUCCCUGUCUAAAACUGCUGCUCAAGCCCACACGACUGAAAUGUGCCAAAACCACAAGAAGGCCAAGAAAAGCAGGUCGGAAGAAAAAGACGACAACGAUUUAAGUCUGUACACUCCUACUCCUAGACGCCUUGCCGGUCUCAAUGCUGCUGCUCUGCUGAAGCUUACAAGCUCCUCUACAGGAUGUAAGCAGCGAGUAAAGGCAGACAGUAAAGGUAUAUGUGCUGCAGGGAAGCCGAACACGUGCUCUAAAUCCUGGGUGCAACAGCCUAAAAAGCAAAGACUCAAGCAGACUUUACCUCAGGGGGGUGGUACAGCAAGUAAGAUCCAGGGAAGUGAGUCUAAACUGAAGUGGAAUGGACCUGCUGACUAUCACUGCUUAGCCAAACCAGGGUAUCAUUCUCAUGGCAUGAUGGGAUAUCCCAUUAAAGUGGUAAAAGAAGAGCAGGUGGAAACUGAGCUUGGUCCUUGCUACUGCUGUUCUGCAGAAGGUUCAAUGGAAUACUGUCACAGUUUGGCACUGUAUCUGAGCCAGAAGUCCUGUAGUGAGACAGACGAGCACCCUGUGGCCUCAGUGAAACACGAAUGCCUGGUUGCCCCAUCUGCACUGGCCCACCCAGCCCUCACCCUCAGUGCCCAUCCUUGCCUGUGUGCAGACCCCUGCUACUCUAGUUACUAUGUUCACUUUGCAAACCACAGGCCUCGUUCAGUUUGUCUAAGUACGCAGCCACUACCUUGUGCACACAGCUCCAUGUGUCCCAACAGGGUCCCUGCAUCAACGCUGCUGUCCUCCUCUGUUUCCCACACCUCAGGAAUCUCACACCCUGCCUUUUGCAGUUCAGUGCGCUCUUCAUGCUGCAAUGAGGGCUGCAGAGUUGGCAAUUACACUUUCAGCACUAUGCAGCCUGUCACCAGCAGGGCGUGCUCGUAUGGCGCAGGCUUUUCCAACUGUAGCCAUCAAAUCAAAACAGAAGGCUACACUUCACCUCAAGGGGAUCAAAGUUCCUCUCUGCUUGUUCCACCAGCCCUGCCCCUUUCUGGCUGCCCAUUGCCUAGGCUAAGCCCAUCCUCCACAGUUCUGCCACGUCUUCUAUCCACUUUUGCAGACAAAAGACAGACAGGGGUCAGACUUCGAGGGCCAAGAGAAUGCCCUCAAAAGACCAAACCACCAAAUGGCUCUAUUGGUGCAAGACCAACAAAACUGUCUCAGAAACAGCCAGUGCCCAGCCUAGCAAGUGCCAAACAGCAGAAAAAAGUACAUCGCCAUCGCACCACAAAUGGUUGGUGCCCUUUUGGAGAACCCACAGAGAAAGAGGUCUUUAUUGCGGGGGAGGACAUGACGGCACUUCGAAAGUGUUAUGAAGGUGUAGAGCGAGAUGGAGAGGUGAUUCGGGUCAGAGACACAGUACUUUUGCGCUCCGGACCACGAAAGAAAUCCUUACCUUAUGUGGCCAAGAUAUCAGCUUUGUGGGAUGACCCUAAAACAGGAGAGCUGAUGAUGAGCCUGUUUUGGUACUAUCGACCAGAACACACACAGGGUGGCAGAGAUCCCAGCAUGCACUGUGAGAAUGAAAUAUUCGCCUCUCGGCAUCAAGAUGAAAACAGCGUGGCCUGUAUUGAGGACAGAUGCUAUGUUUUACCUUUAGCACAGUACUGUAGAUUUUGUGCCUUGGUAAAGCGCCGCUCAGAGGGGGUGCCUGACAGCGUCCCCAUGGUGCCCCGGCCCUCUGACAGUGCUGUCCCCACUCACCGACUUGUGCCCGAUGACGUUGAUCCCGAACUGGUUUACUUAUGCCGCCACGUCUACGACUUCCGUUAUGGCCGCAUACUAAAGAACCUGCAGUAAAGGUGCAAGCCUGCGUGCAGUGCGUACACACACACACACACACACCUGCACCUCACUAAUGAUAAAAAGCCUUCAUACUAAAAAGAUCCCUGUGCAACCUACUGGCCUUUUUGUUCUGAAAAUCUUGAUUUAUGGUCAAAAACAUAAAUGAUCUGUUUUUUCUUAUUAUUCACUCAGGAGGGUAGACCUCAGGGAGAUCUGGGGCUUUUUGGAUUUAUUUUUAACUCGUCUUCACAUUCCCAGAGUGGCAUCAUGUAAAACGAGUGCUAUGGAAGAGUUUUGAAAUUUGACAGCUUUAUUUAGUUUUUUUUGUUUCAAUUACAUAAGAAUUGCCUUUAGAAAAAACAGUUUAGAAACAGUUUUUUAUUUAUCUUUCCAUUAAGAAUUGGAAGGGGUUUAUGUUUCUCUUCGGUGAUUUGUCUUCUACACUGGAGUUAGUCGCUGGCCGAGGAAAUUAAAUACAGCUGUUUUUUUAGAUUUAGAGUAAUCAAAUAAAAAUGUUUGCAAUUUUUUUUCUAAAUCGUAUGCAAGUUUUUAAGAUGAUAUAGCACUCCUUUUAAUGAGAGUCUGGCUAUUUGGAUGAAAAGACACAUUUUCUUUAUAGUGUUGAAGCAAAUGCUUGUUUUCUUUUUUCUUUUUUUUCUUAAGUGUAGCAAAAAGAAUGGGCAUGUGUCUCUUUAGUCCACUGUUGAAAUGUCUGAAAGAGCAGAUGCGUGUCUUUUUCGUUUUCUUAUUUUGCUGUGUUGCAUGCAGGUGACUCUGUAAUGUUUGUCUUUUUGUUUUUUCUCGGCUUGCUUUGUAACACGUAGGUCACUCAGUUGGCAGCUAGUUUUGACCGAAACCUUGAAGAAUUUAACUCCUGAACUAAAACCAAAGGUCAAUUUAGCUAAUCUGUGUUUUGAUUAACUAAGCCCCCAGAAUCUGUGCCCUAUAAUUUCACAGGUAGGAGAAGCUGACACACGUUUUUUAACUAAAGAUGUUUAAUCAUGUAUUGCGUGCAAGAUAAUUAAUUUAUUUGACAAGUAUAAUUAUUUGCCCAUAAUUUAUUUGAUCAAUUAUUUCCCUUGCUUCUAGUCACCCGAUUUAAAUUGCACUAAACCAUUUUCUUUCUUCCUCUGCUGCUAUUUUCAUUUCGGUCUACCUUUUUUAUUCUGUCAACUCUCUACGUGGUAGUGAUUUGGUCAGCAAAAGAAGUGCACAGAAAGGAAGUCUUUACAGAACAUUCUUAUUCAUAGAAGAAUAAAAGAAUAAACAGUUAGAUAAUUGUAACAAAAGGAAAGGCACAGUAUUUUUGCAGUUCUCUUUGACUCUAUGUCGGCUUGUUAACAAAAAAUGUGACAACCUUAAUUGAAUCAUGUUUGAAAUUGACACUGUAGGUUUCUCUUGUAAUUUGUUUUGGUUUGCAUUCACACUACACAUAACUAAACAAAGCAAAUAGCAAAAUAAAUCAAAAACCAUGCGCUGAACGGUAGGCUUGUGCGAUAUCGAAUUAUCCCCGAAAGCGAUUUUAUGUUUAACAAUAGAUUAAAUAGAGACAAAAUUAGUUUGGAUUGAAGUAGAAUAGGGGAUUCGCAAUAAUACAAUCUUUGUUGUAUUGUCAUAAAAUUGCUGUACAAUCAGAAGCAUUACAGCACUCACAAAAACUCAGGUAGACGGUGGAUCUUUAAGCGAUUCUGCAUUAAAUCAUAGUAUAGAGUUAAAAAAAAAAUACCAUAACAGCACUUUUUUACUCUUUUUGCCAAAAUAUUAAAAAACCUAUCUGGUUUAUUUUUUCAGUCAAAACCUUACUAAUGGCAUCUUUAGUAAAUAUAGAAUAUUAUAUAGUCAAAUAUACAGUGCACUUGUGUUGUUGAUGAUCGAGGAAUUCAGUGCAGAUUCACACAAUCUUUCAGUUUUUUGGGGAGAAAUCUAAUAGUGUUAACAUUUGUGCUCCUGGGAACCUCUGUUUUCUGAGAGAGCUAGGGUACAUCAAACUUCUGCCAUUUUGGGGUCAUUUCCAUAUUUUUAAUGUAUACAUGUGGCAGUAUAUUCCACAGACAAAAACGAAAGUAAAAUACACAACAAAAAUCUGUAAUACUUUAUACUGUCUUACAUUGUAAUACCCACGAUGCAGUGAAUUUAAACAUUAACCUUUUACUAUCUAACACUAGCAUACAGCUAUGCAUAUGGCAUGUCUUUGGAGAGCACCUAUGCAAAUUGUGUUACACCUGGUAAUGUAAUAACAUAUAGUAUAGUAUAAUACAAUAUAUUAUAAUAUGCUUGGAUAUUAUGGGCAUGUAACAUUGAGGUGGGAUGAUAAUAUCAUUAUAUCGCACAAGCCUACUGAAAAGUGUGUAAGGCUAAAAAUGCUUUCAUUCAUUGGGCAGAAAUAUGGCAACAAAAAAAGUGAAACAAAUUCUCACCAGGUGUGUGUAUUUAUAACAGGAAUCAUAUGAACAUGGAGAAAGCAGGGUCAGUGAUUAUUCGAUUAUUCAUUAAUUAUAUAAAUAAAUCAUUUCAAUCUUUUUUUUUUUUUUACAUUAAGCAUCAAUUUUUCCUUUUCAUCAGUGCAAACAUCCAUAAUACAUGGCAUUUCUGCCAUUUCUACAGCUCUGUCUUUUUGGCUUUUGACUGUCUGCAUAGCUUUUGUCAUCUAAACCUGAAUUCUAAUGACUAUGUGAAUCUGAUUAAUUGUGUUGGUCGAAUCAGACUUAUGUGCUUAUAGAUAAAUCUCUUAAUUAUAAAUAGUACCAGUAGUGACCUCUAAGCUUUUGAACAAAAAUUUGCCCUUUUUUUUUAGAUCGCUAGUUUAUCUGAAAAGUAGUUUUCAGUGUUUGAGAUGCUUAAAAUUAGGACCGCUUUUCAUUUGCAUUGCUUUAAACAUAAACCAUAUCCAUGCUCAUAGAUGAUGACAUGUUGAACUGUUGUACAGUGGGACCAGAAUUUCUUCUGUAAGGUAGCUUAGAUGGCUUUCCAGCAUUAUUAUAUAUAUAUAUAUAUAAGUGUAUGUUCAAUGUGUAUAAAAUACCCAAAAGCUGUUUUGUUCCACUGUAUCACUGGCACAGAUUUUGCUGCGAAUAUACCUUGCUCAGCAGGUCUUCUUCAAAAUAACAGUAGAUAUAGUAGUAAGAACAAUAAUGUUGUGGUUAAAAUGGAAUUAAUUUUUUGAUCCCAUGUUCGUUAAAAAAAAAAAAAAAAAAAAAAAGGUUCUCUGUUUUUCAAUUUCUUCUGCAAACAUGAGAUAUUUUAUUAUGGCUAUUUCUUAAGGUAGAAUAUGCAAUAUAUUUUUGGGACUAUUUUCGGAGUGUCUAUUUAAAUCAAGUUACUUAUAUUGUUUUAAAAUGAUUUGUCAUUUCUUUUGACGUGAAUUAUAAAAUUGAAACUAAUAAUAAUAAUAAUAAUAAUAAUAAUAAUAACCAAAUAGGCAUAAGCUAGAACAUUGACAGUGUUUCAUUUUGUGUUGGAUUGAAUUCAAAGGUAUGGGACUACUUGAGAGCCAUUCAUGUGGAAGAAAUCAAAUGUACAUAUCUUGAUUAUAGAAGAAAUCACCCAGUCUUGUUUCGAUUUAAAAAAAGGUUUUAAAAAAUUGUUGCACAAUACAUUUUUAUUACUUAUGAGUAACUAUUUAAAGAUGUUAUUUAACAUAGAAAUGAUAUAGAUAUCUAUAUUUCAAGUGAACAAGUCAUUUUAGUUUAAAAGUGUUUUGAAGUGCUGUUGCAAUACUUGUCAGUGAAUGCCAUUCCUUUUUUUUUUUUUUUUUUUGCCUUUUUAUAAAUUAUAAAGUCUUUGGAAAACGAGUAAAAACUGAAACUGUCGUAUUUAAUGUUGUACUGGGCAUCAAGGGUUGAAGACCAAAGCACAUUCUUAAACUGGUGUCCCUUUGUGUAUAUUGCAUCUAUGUGGGGUUUCCCUGUACAACACUGCAGAACAUUUUUGUCACCAAAUCAGACAGGUACUUGAAUGAUCAGUUUUUGUAGUCGCUUAUAAUAUUCAUUUUACAUGUGGCCUUUGUCUAUUUACUACAAGUUGUCUUGGUUUGAUUCACAGGAAACAGGCCAAAUACAACUUAAUUACACUCGUAAAGUGAACUACAAUUUGUUACAAACAUGGCAGGUCAAUAAACUUGAGAAUGCUGUACUCUGAAUACAUUGUGAGCAAGAACAGCAAGUGACAACACUGUCAUGCCACUGUUUAUUUGGUCAUUGUAAGAUGUUUUUGUGUUUUUUUUUUCCUUGACUUUAAUUUUCAUCAGAAUGCCUGUGCUGCUUGAGGUCUCCUGAAAAUCAGAUAACGAGCCUGUGGCAGGAAGGCCUUACGAGCACAAGGGUUUCUCAUGAAAGCCUCUACAGCAAGUUUUUCAUCACAGUAGUUCACAAAUUUGGAUUAAACUUUUUUUUUAUAUACCUUAUAUAUAAGUUUAUAUAAGGAGAAUGGAAGUUGGAAAUAGGUUUUUGUUUCUAAAUUGACAAUUUUAUGUAAGUCACUCUGACUGACUGCUUUGUUGCAGUAAAAAUUGCUGAUAUGCUUUUCUACUGUUCAGAAUUAUUUUUAAACACAGUGACCAAAAAAACAUUCUUUUUAAUUCCUUACCCUGUCCAAUACUAAACUUAAUGUUUGUUUCUGUGUUGCUAGCUCAAUGCUUACUGCUAACAUAUAUUUUGAUAGAAUAGAACUGUGGUUAAACAGAGGUUAUUUUUAAAUGGAGCUGGAGGAUGUGUUUUUAUCAGUGUCGCUAGGUCAUGCACUUUUUUUAAUGACAACAAGAAUCCCUGCUGAUUAUUGUCAAAUAAAAGAGUAUUUAUAAAGAUCUUUUGUUAAAACCUG